AUAAGUCUGCGGGCAGGGUGGAAGAUCCUCCAGGAGAGACCCCGUUCGCCGCACCAGCAGCUCAGCUUAGAAGGCAUUUGUGUUGAAAAGAUGGUUCUUUAUUUGGACACCUUUGUUCAUUUCACACUCAUGCUUUUGCACCAUUGGAUAGUCUCAACUAUCUCUCUAAAUCUUGAGGAUCCAAAUGUGUGUAGCCACUGGGAGAGUUAUUCUGUUACAGUGCAAGAAUCCUAUCCCCAUCCUUUUGAUCAGAUUUACUACACCAGCUGCACAGACAUACUGAACUGGUUUAAGUGUACACGACACAGAAUCAGCUACCGAACUGCCUAUAGGCAUGGAGAAAAGACCAUGUACAGACGGAAAUCUCAGUGUUGCCCCGGUUUUUAUGAAAGCAGGGAAAUGUGCAUUCCUCACUGUGCUGAUAAAUGUGUUCAUGGCCGUUGCAUUGCUCCAAACACCUGUCAGUGUGAGCCUGGUUGGGGUGGGCCGAACUGUUCAAGUG